UUGGGCAGGGACAGGAGGAGCAGGCCGGGCCCGGCGCGCAGGUGAAGGGCGAGGGAGGGCCGCCCUUCCGCGUUCGGAAACAUCCACGUGCGGGCCGGGCGGCUCCCAAACCGGUCCGGCGGGGCAUUUCUGUCCCCGGUAGCCGCCUCCGCCUCUGAACGGCGCCGGCGGGUCUUUCUGCGGAGGGGCAGCUCCGCGCUUCGUCCCCGCGCCCAGGCUCAGAGCAGACCGGGCGCCGGGCGCGCCUUGGGUGCAGCCGCCGCCCCGCGUUCUCCUCCCGGCCUUUCCCUUGUGCUGGGCGCUGUGCGGCUGCGGCAGCCGACGCAGAGGCGCUCCGAAGAUGCCGGCGCGCCCCAGCUGGGCGCUGGCGGUGGGCUUGUGGCUCCUGGCGGCGCCGGGCGCGGAGAGCGGCUGCGCCGAACUGGGCCAGUGCUGCGCCGGCAGGAGCCUGGCGUGCGUGAGCUCCGGCUGGAGACCCGACGGCUCCCACGGGCCUUGCUACUGCGACCAGGCCUGCCCCUACACCCUGGACUGCUGCCACGACUACCGCCAAGCCUGCCCAGAGCUCUCCUGUGUGGUUUCUGAGUGGAGUCAGUGGAGCGGCUGUGCAGAGCCUUGCAAGGCGACCUAUCGGGUUCGAAGGAGGCGCGUCAUCCAGGAACCGAGAAACAGUGGCGGAGCGUGUCCCCCUCUGGAGGAGAAGGCCGGCUGUUUGGAAUACUGGAACCAGCAGGGGAAAGAAUGCAAGCAGUCCUUCAUCCCAGCAUUAAUAACCACUGGAGGCUAUGGGAAAGCAAGGAAGAAGCGUGCAGCAUCUAAUGACAAUGAAAGAGCUGGGUAUUGCGUUGAAUUUCAGCUCCUGGCCAUCACAGAAGGUUGUCUGCAAGGGAACAGUUCAUACACUCACUGGAUGAAAUACCUCAGUGAAGGACACACUGUCUGUGUGGAGUGCCAGCAUCCAGCUUUGGAUUCUCGCAGUUUGCAUUGCUCUGGGGAUGGCAGUGGAGCGAAAAAAAACCAGCGACUACACUGGCAGGCCGUGGGGAACCCCAGAUGCAGAGGAACCUGGGCACGAGUUCGCCAGCUGGACACCUGCUCAUGCCCUUCCGUUCACAGCUUCUUGUUCAUCUGACUUUCCCCUAGUUGUGUCUUGGCCUUCUGUUUCUGUUUCCUUGGCAGUUCUCUUUGAUAGAGGUUCAACCAUUAAUAGCUGCAGCGGGUCUGCUGACUGAUACAUUAUACAACCAGAGUACUGCCACUUUUAAGGAGCUUUUUGCCAUAGGCAUAAGGAUAUUUCCAGAUGUCUGGUAUCACAGUUUCCUUGGGUCUUUAUCUCAAAGAGCCUUAAGUAGCAGAUUCUUAAAAGACCCUGUUUAAAAGAUUCUGGACAGUGAUGUUGGAAGCCUGUUGACGGAUCGCAUUCUAGACAGGUGACCAAUCUUGUGUGCAUUCAGCAUAAGCAGAGAGGAUGUGUCAGUUGUGGUAUUAAUAGGCACGCAGAACUCUGCUUUUUGAGAAGCACAUGGUUCAUUUUUUUUUAAAAUGUAAGUUUCUAGUCCUUAUAAUUGCAACAAUGGGCUUGGCAGUUCGGAAGGUAAUGUCUGCUGAAAUCCUAGAAGCUAGAGAGGUGUCUGAACAAAGAUUUCCAGGGGACCAGGGCUUCAGUCCUUGGCUAGUUCCAGUGCAGGCUUUGAGUUUUCAUGGGCCCUUUCCCAUUCAUUGCCCAUCACUCUCUCCUUUCUGCCCCAAUAUCUCGGCUGCAUCAGUGGCUUCUGUUGUACAGUUUUUAUUUUUUGCCCUGCCACUACCAAUAGGAAGGGGUGUUCUGGUGGAACUAAAAGCGUCACAGGAUUCGUGCUGAGCUGCUCUCCAAAAUCCCACCUGCCCAUUUCCUGGUGUGACAGGUACCUAGCAGCAGUGGAAUGGUUUCUAUCCUGCUGCCCUCCCUUUGGAAAAAGACUGAUACAGUAUCUCCAGUUAGUAGUGUGCCCUCCGCUGGUUGGUGAGUUGUCUUUUGCAAGCAUCUGAACAUGCUGAUCACCACUUCUGGGUAUAGAUAGCUCCUUUUCUUCCAUAUGAAAAGCAGGAGUAGAAUAAAUAAUACAAAGUAAUCCAUUGUACAUUUUGCAUAAUGAUCAAGGUCACACAUUUCCAGCUAUGGACUUAGAUCCAGCAGAGCAUUCCCACGGGCAGAGGGAUUUCUGCGUGUAAUCUGUGACUUCCUCGCCUCACCCCUCCAGCUGCAGCACAAACUGUUCCAUGAAAUGCUAUUCUUUGGGAGUCCCCAGGAGUAGCACUUUGGGGGGCAUUUGGGGAUGCAGUGAAGGGGGAGGAAGUCAUGGUCCACAUGUGGAUGUCAUGCUGUCUGCAGAGAUGACCCAGCGGGUGUUGUGUGUAUGCGUGCAGUGUUCUGAUUUUUUUAAAACGGGGAACACACAGCCUUGUAAGUACUCACCUGAACUUUUGGUUCAACACUCUUCUGUAUGAAUCUUGAACACAGAAUGUCUUUUUCUCUUCCAAAGCCCCUCCCACCCCAGGAACUCAUUCUUCAAUCCUGUGUGCUAAGCUGCUGACUAAGAAAAUAUCUGCCUUUCUUGUUGUAUGCCUGUGCAGCCUUUCUGGUUAUUUGGUGAGAAGGAAGUAAGAGAGAUCCUGCUCCUUG